GUUAGUUCAAUCAGUGUUUAUACUUAUGUUCUAUUUGAAGAAUAGUUAUUUUAACACCUACAACUUUUAAUUGGUAUAACGUAUUAUUAGUCAAUUCUGACUAUGAAGGAUAUAUAAUUACUAUAAUAAAAGAUAUAACUCAAUUAUUCCUGUGAUAUUAUUUCAACGUAAAAUGAUUUUUAAUUAUGUUUAGUUCUACUUCGAAGUGUUUCUUUAUUAUGUUAUGUUGACUAUUUCAAGACAACACAAAUUUCAAGUAUCGCUCAUCUUCAAGUUGAAAAAUAUUGGAAUUAUACAAUUAAAAAUUAAUUAAAAACCGUGGAUAACAAUGCUUGAAUAUGCACGAGAUUUACAUGGCCGAAAACAAUUCCUCUUCAAAUAAUAGUUGCAUUGUAGAUUAUAAUCACCACCAUCUAGUGGCUGAUCAAGAAAUUAGGAUGAGUGGAUCAGGAGGAUCAAAUAAUAAUGGACCGCCGAUUGGUAAUUCAGCAGCUGCUGGAGGCAAUAAUGUUAGUGUAUUAUUACCUAGUGGUGGAGGAGGUGGAACUAAACGCCGUAGUGCUGUUGGAGGAAAUAAUACUCACAUUAUAAAUGGAGCUGGAUCAAACUCAUCACCAUCUGUAUCGGCAGAUUUAGCAUCAUUAUUUGAAUGUCCAGUUUGUUUUGAUUAUGUGUUACCUCCCAUAUUACAAUGCCAAAGCGGACAUUUAGUUUGUAGUACUUGUCGACCUAAAUUGAACUGUUGUCCAACUUGUCGUGGUCCACUUGGAAACAUUCGCAAUUUAGCUAUGGAAAAAGUAGCUUCGACAGUAAUGUUUCCUUGUAAGUAUUCUUCAUCAGGUUGUCCAGUAUCUCUGUUACAUUCAGAAAAAGUUGAACAUGAAGAACUAUGCGAGUGUCGUCCAUAUACUUGUCCAUGUCCAGGUGCAUCAUGCAAAUGGCAAGGAGGUUUAGAACAAGUAAUGGAACAUUUAAUGAUUGCUCAUAAAUCUAUAACAACAUUACAAGGUGAAGACAUAGUUUUCUUAGCGACAGAUAUAAAUCUUCCUGGUGCAGUAGAUUGGGUUAUGAUGCAGUCAUGUUUUGGACAUCAUUUUAUGUUGGUCUUGGAAAAACAAGAAAAGUAUGAAGGUCAUCAACAAUUUUUUGCUAUUGUUCAGUUAAUUGGCAGCCGAAAACAGUGUGAAAAUUUUGCAUAUCGUUUAGAACUUAAUGGUCAUAGAAGAAGACUAGCAUGGGAAGCUACUCCAAGAAGUAUACAUGAAGGAGUUUCAACAGCAAUACUUAAUUCUGAUUGUUUGGUUUUUGAUACUAGCACUGCUCAGUUAUUUGCCGAUAACGGAAACUUAGGAAUUAAUGUUACAAUAUCAACAAAUGUUUAAUAUUACUAAACAAUAUUUUUAAUGUAGUCAAUAGUAUGAUGUAUAUGCUAUAAUACUUGGUUAAACUUCUCAUUUCAUACAUUUUUUGUAUAUGAUUAAUAAUUUAGUAAAAACUAUAAAAUAAUGCAUUUUAUUUUUGUAACUUAAUGUAAAUAUAUAUACAGUUCAGUAUCCAAAGUGAAAAUGGGUUUAGUGAGACUAUAAAGAUUGUCUUGUUUAAUUUUAUUCAAAUUAAAGUAAAAUAAUAAGGUGUCAAGAUAUGCAAAUUCUACUUAUAUAUUUUUUAACAUAGGUAUUCUCGUUAGAAUUUGUUUGUUUAUAACUAUUUAAAUUUAUUUAAGACAGGUAAUAAAAACAACCUAUGUAUUUUUAUGUAAAUACAAUAAAGUAAUAUAAU